GUAGCGAAGUCGUCUUGGGAACGCGCUGUGACCGCAUGGCUCUAUGUACCUUUGGGCGUGACAUGUAUCCUUGCAGUCUGCUUCGGUGUCCACACCCUGAUCUCGCUGAGCUCUGUAUCGUUUCCAGCUUCUGUGGCAUGCAUGAUUGGGCUAUUCAUCAUACUGGUCUUGCUCCAAGGUAUACUUGGUGAUCGCCAGACCAAGCGGAUCGUCAAUUUGAUCGAGAUUCCGGUAUGUUUAUUGUUUUUAGUACACAUUCUAUGCGUAAUACUUAUUGUUCCUAGNUGUGGUUUUGCUCUACGAUAUAUCAACAUCUUCUUCUGUCCAGCGUUCGUGACCUUGCCUCUAAGUCCUUCUAUUAGCGGCGUCGAAGUUGCGAAGAUUAUAGCUGUCUUCAUCAUCGGCUAUGUUGCAGUCUUUGCUUUUACAGCAUAUAUGGUCCGAGGUCUCCAGCUAGUUCUCGGCACGUCCAAGCGUGCAAUGACAGAGAGAGCUGAAGAACUCGGACGACAAGAUGACAACAUUCCACUUACACAGUUAAGACAGGAUUCGACCGUCAGCGAGGUUCCUACUGUGCCAUCAUUAUUGACUCAGCCUGGCUUGAGCGAGUCGUCUACACCCUCUCCUCCGAAUGAAGUCGCUGAUAUCCAAGCUCCUUCCAAAGCCAUGAAUCCUGACUCUGUUAUCGGUACUGGUGGACCACCUGUAGCCACGAACGCUACGAUCUCCUCAGUUACUGCCGCUUCUGUUCGUCACGAUGCUGCACCCUUGACCCGCCCUCAACGCUGGGCUGCCUUUGUCAGUGUAAACUUCGAUAUGCUGACCUACGGAGCCUUGUUCCUUUUCGUGGGAGUACCAAUCUACUACGGCAGUGGCUACGCCAUGCCAGUACAGCUUUCUCUCAAUGUUGUCUUCUACUUCGCUGCUCUACGCCUGCCACCUAAGUAUAGGACAUAUUUGCACCCCGUCUUAGUCUCUUCGGCUUUUACUAUCCUCGGCAUCUGGGUCCUUGCGCUGAUACGACAUAACAGCCUCAGAGACGGGUUGCUUGCGUACACGACGAACACGAAGUACACGCAGCUCUGGGACAACGACCAAGGACUGAAGCCUCCGGGAGCANNGGGAGACAUGUUUGGCAGCGUCCUCGAUGUCAGUAUCGUAGCCUUGAGCCUACCUAUGUACCGAUACCGGAACGAGCUCAAGGCUCGUUUCAUGACCAUCGUUGUUCCUAACGUGAUAGUCUCUAUCGGAUCGCUGUUUGCAUAUCCGACAUUCUGUUAUCACAUUGGCAUCUCUGCGCCACGUGGCCUUGCAUUUGCAUCUCGAAGCUUGACACUUGCUUUGGCGACACCAGCUACCAAAAACCUGGGUGGUGACCCAUUCACCAUUGCGCCUUUGUGCAUCUUCAGUGGCAUUGCGGGCGUCAUCGUGGGCCCAAUUGGUCUGGACCUGCUGAGAAUUCCGAAAGAUGAUUAUAUCACGCGUGGUAUCACCUUGGGUGCCAAUUCGUCUGCUGUAGCGACUGCACUCCUGCUGACUACCGAUCCCCGAGCAGCUGCUUUCUCGAGUCUUAGCAUGGGGCUUCUAGGAACAAUCACCGUCGCUCUUACCAGCAUACCGCCCCUCGUUCACAUAAUUCGUAGUCUGGUAGGUAUAAGUUAG